AUGACUGUGGUAGAAUUUUUUGGUUGCAGCUUUCUAGCGUUUGGGCCACCGGUGGCAAUGUUUGCACUGACGAUAGCACACGAUCCUAUACGUAUCAUCAUUCUAAUAGCUGCCUCAUUUUUCUGGCUUGUAUCGCUGCUACUGUCCUCCACGGUGUGGUUAGCAUUUCAUCCCAUUACAUCAAAGGUUGCCUUCGGUUUGAUUUGCUCCGUAUUCAUUCAGGAAGGUUUUCGAUAUCUUAUGUACAAGGUGCUGCGCAAGACGGAGAACGGCCUGCAGGAAGUUACGGACAUUGUACGAAUCGCCGACUAUCGACAUAUUCUCUCGUACGCUUCCGGGCUUGGUUUUGGCAUCAUAAGUGGAGCAUUUUCCUUGGUCAAUAUUCUAGCUGAUUCAGUUGGUCCGGCCACAGUAGGUUUGAAAGCGGGCUCGGAUAUCUUCAUGCUCAUUAGCGCGGCACAGUCACUGGCCAUGAUCCUGCUGCACACGUUCUGGAGCGUCAUCUUUUUUAAUGCUUGCGAUGUGAAAAAUUACUACCAGAUUGGUUACGUAGUGGCAAGCCAUCUGUUUGUUUCCUGCAUGACGCUACUGAACGCUAAUGCAUUGUUCGGCGUCACAUUGAGCAUUUCGUAUCUGAUACUCUGCAUUACGGGCAUAAUCGCAUUCCAAGUGGCCGGCGGAACAGUAGCCUCCUUCCGGAAGUUUCUCACGUGCAAGUGA